UUCUCUUUUUCCCUUAUCCCACAUUCUCUUAGCCCUUGCUUCUUGAUUAGAUAUGGCGAAUCCCAGUCGGCAGGCGGUGAAUUUCGCAGCCCCAAGAGGGUUUGCCACUGCUUUCAAAGCUGAUUGUAAAGAAACUUUCUUCCCCGAUGAUCCUUUCCAUGAGAUGAAACAUGAAAAACCUUUGAAUAAACUCAAGAAAACAAUCCAAUACUUUAUCCCAUUGUUUGAAUGGUUGCCUAAUUAUAAUCUACGUUUGUUUAGAUAUGAUUUGCUCGCUGGUAUUACCAUUACCAGUCUUGCAAUCCCUCAAGGGAUUAGCUAUGCUAAACUCGCCAGUAUUCCUCCAAUUUACGGCCUCUAUUCGAGCUUUAUACCGCCUUUUGUUUACUCCAUUUUCGGGAGUUCAAAACACCUUGCUGUAGGAACAGUGGCGGCAUGUUCAUUGCUUCUAUCAGAAACCGUUGGAGCUAAAGCAUCACCCCAAGAUGAUCCCACAUUGUAUCUGCACUUAAUUUUCACGGCCACUUUCUUCACUGGAAUUUUCCAGACUGCUUUGGGUUUCUUAAGGCUGGGAAUUUUGGUUGAUUUCUUAUCCCAUUCUACCAUCACUGGUUUCAUGGGAGGGACUGCUAUAAUCAUCUGCCUACAACAAUUGAAAGGAAUGUUUGGUUUAAUACAUUUCACUACUCAUACUGAUGUGGUUUCGGUCGUUGGUGCAGUUUUCCGCCAUAGGAACGAGUGGAGGUGGGAAAGUGCUGUUGUUGGUAUUAUCUUCCUUGCUUUCCUCCAAUUCACUCGAUACCUGAGACAAAAAAGGCCAAAACUAUUCUGGGUGUCAGCUAUUGCUCCCAUGGUCGUUGUUGUGGUUGGGUGUCUUUUUGCAUUCUUUGCCCAUGCGGAGAAACAUGGAAUCCAAAUCGUUGGUGAGUUGAAGAAGGGAUUAAAUCCCCCCUCAAUUCAAUAUUUGAACUUCGAUCCCCAAUAUCUUCCUGUAACUGUGCGUGCUGGUCUUAUCACAGGGCUUAUUGCAAUGGCUGAAGGGAUAGCAAUAGGACGAAGCUUUGCCAUCAUGAAAAGUGAACAGACUGAUGGGAACAAGGAAAUGAUAGCUUUUGGUUUCAUGAAUAUUAUCGGAUCUUUCACUUCAUGCUACUUGACAACAGGACCAUUUUCAAAAACGGCAGUGAAUUUCAAUGCUGGGUGUAGGACAGCAAUGUCCAAUGUCGUAAUGGGAUUUUGCAUGAUGUUAACACUCCUUUUCUUAGCUCCUCUCUUCAGAUACACACCUCUGGUUGCUUUAUCCGCCAUUAUCAUGUCUGCAAUGCUUGGAUUAAUCAAUUAUGACGAAAUGAUUCACCUCUUUAAAGUCGAUAAAUUCGACUUCGUCAUCUGCAUGGCUGCUUUCCUUGGUGUCAGCUUCAUCAGCAUGGAUGUCGGCCUCAUGCUUUCUGUAGGACUUGCUUUACUCAGAGCAUUAUUGUACGUGGCAAGGCCAGCUGCCUGUAAACUUGGCAAAAUCCCAAACUCAAGUUUAUAUCGUGACACAGAGCAGUACCCUGGCUCAACUCCCAUACAAGGAGUCCUAGUUCUUCAACUUGGUUCUCCUAUUUAUUUUGCAAACUCCACCUACAUAAGAGAAAGGGUUCUUAGGUACAUAAAGGAGGAACAGGGUGUUUCAGAUUCUAAAACUGAUAUCAUUGAGCAUCUUUUAUUAGAUCUGUCAGGAGUUUCAUCCAUUGACAUGACAGGCAUUGAAACAUUUCUUGAGUUACGUAGAAUUCUGGACUCGAAGGGUAUCAAGUUAAGCAUUGUGAACCCUAGGAUUGAAGUUCUGGAGAAAAUGACGUUAGCGAAAUUCACAGACGCCAUUGGAAAAGAAUCUUUCUACUUGUCUAUUGAAGAUGCAGUCCAAAAUUGUCGGUUUUCACUUCAUUCUAGCAAAACGACAAUGGAAGAAGCCUAAAACGACCAAAAUGUUGUUUAAAAGAUACUGGUUUGUAUUUAAUAUAUAUAAUAUGUAACUAAAAGGUGCUAAUGUGGUUACCUAUGUUGUUAGAUUAUAUACAAGGGUAGGAUGUCCAUGAGAUAAUCCUUCAUAUGUUGGAUAAAUGUUAUCGAUUUUGUAUCACCCUUCUCUUCAGCUUGUAAUUUUAUCGUAAUUUUGAAUUGGAGGAUGAAGCUCAUGUGCCUGUACCAAGCCCAAA